AACCGUCUUUUGCCUUCUUCCCAUCCAGAGAUUUUGAAUUUUUCAUAACCAUGGGUGAUAGUCAAUAUUCCUUUUCCCUCACAACUUUCAGUCCUUCGGGGAAGCUAGUUCAGAUCGAGCACGCCUUGACGGCUGUCGGCUCCGGUCAAACAUCUCUUGGAAUCAAAGCUGCAAAUGGAGUUGUGAUUGCGACAGAGAAGAAACUGCCUUCAAUCUUAGUUGAUGAAGCCUCUGUUCAGAAAAUACAGUGUCUGACACCAAAUAUUGGAGUUGUUUACAGUGGAAUGGGUCCUGAUUUUCGAGUUUUGGUUCGGAAAAGUAGGAAGCAAGCAGAACAAUAUCAUAGGUUAUAUAAGGAACCAAUUCCAGUAACACAACUUGUUAGGGAAACUGCAGCUGUUAUGCAGGAGUUCACUCAGUCCGGUGGUGUAAGGCCUUUUGGUGUAUCUCUACUGGUUGCUGGAUAUGAUGACAAUGGUCCACAGUUGUAUCAGGUGGAUCCAUCUGGUUCAUAUUUCUCAUGGAAAGCCUCGGCAAUGGGGAAGAAUGUCUCAAAUGCAAAAACAUUUCUUGAGAAGAGAUACACUGAUGACAUGGAGCUUGAUGAUGCUGUGCAUACUGCUAUCUUGACUCUCAAAGAGGGAUUCGAGGGACAAAUCUCAGGGAAAAACAUCGAAAUUGGGAUCAUUGGAACGGACAGAAAAUUCAGGGUACUUACACCUGCCGAAAUUGAUGAUUAUUUGGCCGAAGUCGAGUAGCUUGUCUUCCCAUUCGAGACUAUGUACGAGUGCUUUUUUAACGACUUCCGAUUUGUCAAAUGUUUUUAGUUCAUCACUGGAAUUGAAGACUGAGAACUUUACCAAUGUCUGCUUGAUGCUGGAACUGAAAUCGGAUUGAGUUAUGAACUUCGAGUUUAGUUUAAUUAACUUAUACAAUCAAUUU